CAUUUGCAUCCCAAAAACCUCUCCUCUCUUUCCAAGGAACCAAAAGCAGACCAGAUUCCCGACGCCAUGGCUUGCUGUGCUUCCUACUGCUGCAGCGUCCCCACUGGCCCUGCCACCACCAUCUGCUCCGCUGACAAGAGCUGCCGGUGCGGAGUCUGCCUGCCCAGCACCUGCUCACACACCACUUGGCUACUGGAGCCAACCUGCUGCGACACUUGCCCCCCACCCUGCUACAUCCCUCAGCCCUGUGUGCCCACCUGCUUCCUGCUCAACUCUGCCCAGCCCACCCCAGGCCUGGAGACCCUCAACCUCACAACCUUCACCCAGCCCACCUGUGAGCCCUGCCUCCCAAGCUGCUGUUGACCGACGGCUGCUCUGCUCAGAGCCAGACCAUGAAGAACCCAGAAGCUGUCUAUUCAGUUUUCACUUGGCUCAGGCAUAGAUCAGACGUGGAGGCAGACCAAAUGGCCUAAAUAAGGAAAACCUACCUUUCAUUAUAAUGGAAAAGAAAUCAAGACUUUUUCACAUUUAUUUUGCUGAAUGUCAUCUAUUAUCAAAGUAUUACAGAGAGCUGUAAGACCUCAGACUGCAUGUUCUUGGUUAUGUUGCUUCUGGGGUCCCAUUUCUUGUAUUGGGUAUUUUCAUAGAGGAAAAAAAUUUCUUGAUGGGUUUUCCAAUAAACUUUAUUUCUCUGGCAA